AUGCGCGGUGAGAGGGAGCAACAGCCCCUGUGAAAAACAACAACAAUCACUACAGACAGAGAGAGAGAGAGAGAGAGAGAUGAUGGCCCCCUGAAGCCCAGCACCUCUUUACCACAGCACCAGUCCUCAGCUGCUACUUCACCCGGAGCUUCUCCUUUACAUGUCGAUGCUGCCGAGCUCAUGAACUUGGCCAGUCAGAGCGGGGAAGCUGGCGGAAGCCAGCUCCUCUUCGCCAACUUUAACCAGGACAACACGUCUUUAGCUGUUGGCACCAAAUCAGGAUACAAGUUUUUCUCCCUGUCCUCUGUGGACAAACUGGAGCAGAUAUAUGAAUGUACGGACACGGAGGAUGUGUGUAUCGUGGAGCGUCUGUUCUCCAGCAGUCUGGUCGCCAUCGUCAGCCUGAAGGCCCCGAGGAAGCUCAAAGUCUGUCAUUUCAAGAAGGGAACAGAGAUCUGCAACUACUCCUAUUCCAACACCAUACUGGCCGUCAAGCUCAACAGACAGAGGCUGAUCGUGUGUCUGGAGGAGUCGCUUUACAUUCACAACAUCCGAGACAUGAAAGUGCUGCACACUAUCAGAGAAACUCCACCCAACCCUUCAGGACUGUGCGCUCUGUCCAUCAGCAAUGACAACUGUUAUCUGGCGUACCCCGGCAGUGCCACGAUAGGAGAAGUUCAAGUGUUUGACACGGUUAACCUGCGAGCGGCUAACAUGAUUCCAGCCCACGACAGCCCGUUGGCGGCUCUGGCAUUUGACGCCAGUGGAACCAAACUGGCCACCGCCUCGGAGAAAGGAACAGUCAUUCGUGUCUUCUCGAUCCCGGAGGGACUGAAGCUCUUUGAGUUUCGAAGAGGAGUCAAGAGGUGUGUGAGCAUCUGCUCGCUGGCGUUCAGCAUGGAAGGCCUCUACCUGUCGGCCUCCAGCAACACAGAGACGGUCCACAUCUUCAAAUUAGAGACGCAGGAGAAGAAGUAUGUGCCAGCAGAGGAGCCCACCACAUGGGGAGGGUACCUGGGCAAAGUCCUGAUGGCGUCCACCACCUACCUGCCUUCCCAGGUUACAGAAAUGUUCACACAGGGUCGAGCCUUCGCCACCGUACGUCUGCCUUUCUGCGGACACAAGAACAUCUGCGCCUUAGCUGUUAUUCAGAAGAUUCCCAGGUUGUUGGUGGCAGCAGCUGAUGGUUACCUGUACCUGUACAACCUGGAUCCACAAGAGGGAGGGGAGUGCACACUUAUGAAGCAGCACAGGUUAGACGGCAGUGCCGAGCCAUCCAAUGAGAUCCUUGAGCAGGGGUCACAUGACCACCCACUUGUGGCUCAGACCUACAGUGCUGCAGUAACUAAAGGUUACUGCGAAGAGCAGGGCGCCGUCGGAGGGGCGGGUCUAGAAGACGACCUCAACGACUUGCGCCUGGAGGAGGAGAACGAGCAGCCGCCGCUCAUCCUGGAAACCGACUGACUUAACGGACCGGCUCGUAAACCCCACCGAUCAGAGGGCCUCCUCGGUGCGGCUAUGAACAUUGAC